AUGCAGACCUGUGAUCUGGAAGAGCACCCCACACAAGAGACAGCAUACUGUGCUGCUGGCAAUUUCCGCUAUCAGCCAAGACCAGCUGAGGAGGAGGACAAGGAGAAGGAGGAGGACAAGGAGCAGGAGGAGGCACAGGACAAGCAGGUGCAACUGCAGGUGCAGUUCCCAGAUGAUGGGGAAAUGCUACUGGUUGGUGCCAGGCUGGCAAAGAAGAAAGAGAAGAGGAAGGAGAAGGGGAGCAAGGGUGCUGCCAAGCCAAAGUACAAAGGCUUGCACUUUGGCAGGCGCAGGAUGCACAAUGAACAGCUUGUGGUCCAUCCAUGCAGCAUUGUACUUGCUUGGGCAACCUUCUAUGGUUCAGAGGGCAUGUCCUCAGUCUGUUAG